CUUAAAAGAACCAUUGCACGAUUAUUCUUACCAAAUUUCCUCAUGCGAUUUACCUUCAGCUUGGAUAUUACGUUACACUAAAUCAGAAGCAAACUUUCACCCAUGGGCUCAUGGUGAAAGAAAAAAGUUUUCUCAGUUCGAUCUACUUCCGUGGCGGAGACAAAAAACUACCUUAGAUUUGGCCAACACUCCACAUUGUGGAGAACCGUCUAAAUCUAAGCGAUAUAUCGAUAAAAGUGUUUAUUGGCUAAAUAAGUUGGAAAUUCGGAAAAAUAAACGUCAGCUGAAGCAACAGCUUCAAACGGAAGCAAAAGAAAACUUCAUUCGGUUUCGGUUAGUGUGUUUUAUUGAAAUUCGACAUAGGAAAAUGGAAGUUAUUAAAAAAUCAAACUAUCGACCGCGAGUGUUUAAGAAAAGUCUCGAUGAUGUCGGGAAUAAUUUCAAUGUAGAUUAUGAUAAUAUUCUUGUGACAGGAAGUGGGUAUUUUAAUCAAAGAAAUACACCAGUGUUGAGUAAAAAACCUGAAAUUAGUGCAAAUAGUGAAAAGAAUAAUAAUGGUGUCGAAACGAAAAGUACAAGUUCCAGCAAAUCAACGGUUUAUAGAUCAAACAAUUUAAAAGAAACCGCAAAUAAAAGUAGAAGUGUUCCUUGUAGAAAGUGUAAAGAAACUGCUGUUCGUUUGAGAACUGUUGACUACCCCGGACAUUUCAAUAAUUCAAGACAAAUGCAUUCUCAUCAGUUCGACAAAUAUGAUUCAAUGCACUCGGGGAGCAUUUCAUCAAUCGAAAGGCCCAACGGAGGUGCUUUGGCUUUACAUUAUGCAGCUGCAAGAGGUUGCUUAGACUGUGUUCAAUUGCUGGUAGAAGCCACUUCUGAAAUUUGCUAUUUCCAAACGAUAAAUGCUAAAAAAGGAUUACUCGGCAAAAUGACAAGUUUAACGUCGUUUCGACGUACCAAGAUGAAAGCAUCAUCGUCAAACAAUGAUAUUCGUUCAAUAGUUAAUGAGUUCAGUGAAAGCAACGAUACAACUGCAACAACACUUGCAUCUAACGAAUUCAUUUUAACCAAUGACGAUGAUAAAGAUGCAACCAUAGACAAACUAGAGCAGACAGAUGAGAACAAUAAGAUUCUUGUGCGUAAAGAGCGGAAUAAUAGACGAAGUGUUGUAAGUGCUAAUACACAAAUGGAUAACGAUGUCACACCAGUUUACUUAGCUGCACAAGAAGGACACCUGGAGGUAUUAAAAUUUUUGGUGCUUGAAGCUGGCGGAUCUCUCUAUGUACGUGCUCGGGAUGGAAUGGCACCGAUUCAUGCCGCUUCCCAAAUGGGUUGUUUGGAUUGUCUCAAAUGGAUGGUGGAAGAACAAGGUGUUGAUCCUAAUUUGAGGGACGGUGAUGGUGCUACCCCACUACAUUUUGCUGCCUCUCGAGGUCAUCUCACAACUGUCAGGUGGCUUCUCAAUCAUGGUGCUAAGCUAUCACUUGAUAAAUAUGGUAAAAGUCCGAUAAACGAUGCAGCUGAGAAUCAACAAGUUGAGUGUCUGAAUAUUUUAGUCCAACAUGGUACAUCCGUCGAUUACAAUACACGAGAAAAAAGCAGCAACAUUAACCGUCAAAAAUCCUAUGGCAAACAUGGCAAUAGCAGCAAACAAAACAGUCGCAAUUAUACAAUCAAAUCGAAAUCCUCAACUGGCAGCUCUGACAUUGAACCAUUCUACUUGCAUCCACCAUCUGUUCGCCAAAGCAACGAAGGCAUCUAUUCACAGUCAAGAUCAUCAUCGGAGAAAAUAUACGGUGGUCCGAUUGUGCCAAAUGAUGGUCUGUAUGUAAAUCCAAUGCGAAAUGGCUCCCUAACACCUCCCUCGCCAAAUGGUAGCAUAUCUGGUGAAUCUUUCUUCUUGCAUGAUCCUCAAGAAAUUAUUUACAAUCGUGUCAAAGACUUGUUCGACUCGGAUUGCAGUAGCAUUAGUAAAAAUGCAACAGCAACACACAAAGAGCAUUCAUCGAACAAAGCCAUGAUCAUCCAGGCUGAUGUCCAUUCGAGCAGCAGUGGGGCCGGAAGUGGUUCGGAUGAAUCUGUUUCAAUUCAAUCCAGUUUAGACUCACCAAAGAACAACAUUCGCAUGAGCCACAAUUUAAAUCGAAACAUUCACAAUAAUAACAAUAGUACCAUCAGUAGUAAUCAAAGUAAAAAUAAUAAUAACAACCACGUUAACAACAACAACAAUAAUAAUAACAAUAAUACUAACCACGACUAUGAAGAUAUCUAUUUGGUGCGUGAAGACGCGAGAAACGCUAUUAAGAAAAAGUACAACAUCGGUAGAUCUCGGUCGAGAGAUAGCGGAUCGCAUAGUCGUUCGGCAAGUGCCAGCUCCUCAAGGAGUACAGAUGUUGCCAUACAAUAUACCAAACACGAUUUGAACAACAAACGUGAUAUGGCUCUGAUAAAUCGUUACAAGUCACAGUCAAUCAACGGCCUUCAUAGCAAAUACGAUUCGCCGCGCAAAGAAGCAUACACAACAAAGAAUGUGAAUUUGAAGAAUCAAAUCAAUAGUGGUCUGAAGAGUGAUACGUACGAGAGUGUUUGUCCCCCAGAGGAUGUGGCCGAACGCACCAAACAGGCAAAUAGGAAUUCCACAGUGAUUAGGAAUAAUCUGGAUACGCAAAAUAAUACGAAUAAUUCAAACAGAAUUUUGAAACGUGUUUCAUCGGCGCCACCUAUUCAAAACAACGCAAUUGCUAAUGGUCCUCCUCCACCUCCUUUGCCACCUCCUUUACGUGCUACCACAAACAAAAACAAUUUGAACACAGAUGCUUGUGCUUCAAACUACAGCAAAAACGCCAAUAAUUCCCAACCAGAAGCAUUUGAUUCAGAUUCAGGUCUUGAAGUAGUAGAAGAGCCAAGUUUAAGACCUUCGGAGCUUGUGCGUGGAAAUCAUAAUCGUACUAUGUCAACAAUAUCAGCGAACAAGAAAGCCAAGCUUCUCAAUGGAACAUCAACCGUGCAAUCAUCAUCUUCAGCUACAUUUGAAGCUUCGUAUCAGCAACAACAUCACGGCGGCCAUCACAGCAAUAAUUCUGGAAUCGGGAUAAUAUCAUCACAGAGCUACAAUUGUUCAGAGAGUGAUUACAACGACCAACAGUGUAAUUAUUCCUCGUCAGGAUACGAGCGCAGUUGUGUUGGCGGAAGGCCUGGAGGUCCGAAUCUUGUUAAUAAGCAAUUGGUAUUGCCAUUUGUGCCACCCAGCUUUCCAAAUAACUCACAGGAUGGUGUUACGCAUUUGAUUAAGCCUUCAGAAUAUCUGAAGAGUAUCAGUGAUAAGGGAUCUUUUCAUACAUCUUCAGCCAGGUCAACCGAUACUGAGGACUACAUGCAAAUACAAAUUUCUCAUCACCAUUCUAGUGGUAUUGAGCCUCCAAAGCCACCACCACCACCUCCUAUGCCUGCGCUUCUAAACGCCAGCAAUAACAAUCUAACUCUCAAUAAACAAUCUCAAGCUCUCCAAUCCAACCAAGAUACAGUAUCGCGUAAACAACAUCAGCCACUAUCAGCAAUAUCAAUUCAAGAUUUGAAUAGUGUUCAGCUCCGAAGGACCGAAACCAAAGUCAUGCAAAAAUCUUUUCAAGCUCCAACUCGAAGCUUCAGCAUGCAGUGUCUUUCAUCAACUACAGAAACAUUCCUCAAAACCGAUCUAAUUGCCGAACUUAAAAUGUCCAAAGACAUUUCGGGCAUCAAGAAAAUGAAAAACGAAAAGGCCCGAAUGGCUGACCGACAAGAUCAAGAGCAUUAUUCAGAGAUUUCGCGACAAUUCAAUGCGAAUAAUUUCGUUGACCAGAUUCAAUUGCAGAUUCCUGAAAAGGAUCAAGCCGGAAAUGUAAUACCCGAUUGGAAGAGGCAAAUGCUUGCCAAAAAAGCUGCUGAUCGUGCCAAAAAGGAAUUCGAAGAGAGGAUGGCUCGAGAGGCAGAAAAUCGUCGAUUAUCACAAAUUCCACAAUGGAAACGAGAUCUUUUGGCUAGACGUGAAGAAGCUGAAAAUAAGCUUAAGGCAACAAUAUACACACCUAGAAUAGAAGAAGGCAACAGAGUAUCAGAUACUUGGAAGAUGAAAAAUAAAUCGGUCUCAAUAGAUAAUAUAAGUAUGUCGUCAUAUUGUACAGAGUCCAGUUAUGACCAAAAAACCUUACCAAUGGACAACAAUCAAAACAACCAUUGUUACAAAGAAAACAAAGAAAACGAAUCGGAAUAUCAAGACAUUAACGUAAAUGGCAAAUGUAACGAUAGAAUUUCAGAUGCUUCAGAUGAAACAAAAAAAUAUCAAGAUGGUGAAGUUGAAAAUGAUAAUAUUAUACCAUGGCGGGCACAACUAAGGAAAACUAAUAGUAGACUGAGUUUAAUAUGAAAAAAAAAGAACUUUAAGUAUAUUUAUUAAAAAAAUAUUAUUAUAUACCUAUGUAUGUAUUAAAAAUUAUUAUCAAAAUGCUUUUAACUCGUUAUUUAUUGCUUUUGUAAUUUUCAAUUCUACGAUUUACAUAUAUAUAAAAAAUAAUAAAAGUUAUGCAUAAUAUUUUGCAAAUUUUAAC